AGACUGUCCUUAGGUCGAACCUCAAACAUAGACUCGCAACACAAAUCUUGAGGGAGAUCAAGAUUUGAUUAUAUUUUGUCUUACAAAAAUGAAACAAACCAAUCUCCUAUGUAACUUAUUCAUAGGAACCUUGUUAGUUUGGUUGGGCUCUGUUUUGGUUAAGGCAGAAGACCCUUACUUAUUCUACACUUGGACUGUUACCUAUGGAACAAGAUCUCCUUUGGGUGUUCCUCAACAGGUCAUUCUUAUCAAUGGGCAGUUCCCUGGUCCAGCGAUUGAAGCUGUCACAAACAACAACAUUGUUGUUAAUCUCAUCAACAAGCUCGACGAACCUUUCCUCAUCACUUGGAAUGGAAUUAAACAGAGAAGGACAUCGUGGCAAGAUGGAGUAUUGGGAACAAACUGUCCGAUCCCACCAAACUCGAACUGGACUUAUCAGUUUCAACUUAAAGAUCAAAUCGGCACUUUCACUUACUUCGCUUCCACAUCGAUGCACCGAGCUAGUGGUGCUUUUGGUGCUCUCAACAUUAACCAGAGAUCCGUUAUUACCACUCCUUAUCUCACACCUGAUGGUGAUUUCACCCUUCUCGUCACUGACUGGUUCAAAUUGAGCCACAAGGAUUUGCGAAAGCGGCUUGACGCAGGCUAUGCACUUCCACUUCCGGAUGCUCUUCUUAUCAAUGGUGCUUCUAAAGGUUUAAUAUUUACCGGUCAACAAGGCAAAACAUACAAGUUUAGGGUAUCGAAUGUGGGGAUAGCAACAUCCAUAAACUUUAGGAUUCAAAAUCAUACAAUGACCCUCAUUGAAGUAGAAGGCGCUCACACUCUUCAGGAGAGCUACGAGUCUCUUGACGUCCACGUUGGUCAAUCGGUGACGGUCUUGGUUACUUUAAAAGCUUCAGUGAGGGACUAUUACAUUGUAGCCUCGAGCCGGUUUACCAAACCAGUACUAAACACUACCGCGAGUCUUCGUUACCUAGGCUCCAAAAACGCAGUCUAUGGCCCUCUUCCCGUUGGUCCUACUUACCAUAUCCACUGGUCCAUGAAACAAGCAAGAACCAUCAGGAUGAAUUUGACGGCAAAUGCUGCAAGACCAAACCCACAAGGAUCAUAUCACUAUGGUACCAUACCGAUAAACCGAACUUUGGUUCUAGCCAAUGCGGCUACGAUGCUCUAUGGCAAGCUUCGGUACACGGUAAACCGAAUAUCAUACAUCAACCCAACAACACCUUUGAAACUUGCCGAUUGGUACAACAUUUCGGGCGUGUUUGAUUUCAAGACAAUCCUUAGCACUCCUACAAUCGGACCAGCUCAUUUUGGUACAUCGGUUUUCGACAUUGAGCUCCAUGAGUUCGUGGAAAUCGUUUUCCAGAACGAUGAGAGAUCAAUUCAAUCUUGGCAUAUGGAUGGUACUAGUGCCUUUCUUGUUGGAUUUGGGUCAGGGACAUGGAAUGAGACCAUGAGAAAACGUUACAACUUGGUUGAUGCUGUUGCAAGGCACACCUUUCAGGUGUAUCCGUUGUCGUGGACAAGCAUAUUGGUGUCGUUGGACAACAAAGGGAUGUGGAAUUUAAGGUCACAGAUAUGGUCGAGGAGGAAUUUAGGUCAAGAGCUCUAUGUUCGUGUCUGGAACGAUGAGAAGUCUCUAUACACUGAAGCUGAUCCGCCUCUCAACGCUCUUUAUUGCGGCCUAGCCAAACGUCCCCUUUAGAUAUUUUUCACGUAUAUUAUUGUUCUUACAAGUGGAGUGAGGAAAAAGAACAAACGUACACCUCAUUGAUUUUUCAAUAAACAGACAGAAAAAGAAAAGAAAAACUUUAUGUCUUAUGAAUUGUAUUCGGAUUGUGUUCAAUGUUCAUGCAUCUAAACCAUAAUUUCUAUAUCACAAUUAUUACUAGAACUUCUGCUUAACCAAUUCAAACUAUUUAUGCGGUUUGUAUAUGUUUGUGUUAAACUAAAACCAAAUCAUGUGUUACAAUAAAGCUUUAACGUA